AUGCUGAGCGCCGCGUCCCGAGCUGUCGGCCGCGCCGCGGUCCGCUGUGCUCGUCGUGCUGGGACGCCCGAGACUCGGACCGCCACAGCCUCCGCCAUGUCCCGGCCUUCGAGGGCCGCCUCGGGCGGCUCGGACCGGCCCGCCACCGUGCUGGGCACCAUGGAGAUGGGGCGCCGCAUGGACGCGUCCGCCAGCGGCGCAGCCGUUCGAGCCUUUCUGGAGCGCGGCCACACCGAGCUGGACACGGCCCUCAUGUACAGCGACGGCCAGUCUGAGAGCAUCCUGGGCGGCCUGGGGCUCGGGCUGGGCGGCGGCAACUGCAGAGCAAAAAUCGCUACCAAGGCCAAUCCCUGGGAGGGAAAGUCGCUGAAGCCUGACAGUCUCCGGGCCCAGCUGGAGACGUCGCUGAAACGGUUGCAGUGCCCCCGGGUGGACCUCUUCUACCUCCACGCACCUGACCACGGCACCCCUGUGGAAGAGACCCUGCGCGCCUGCCACCAGCUGCACCAGGAGGGCAAGUUUGUGGAGCUUGGCCUCUCCAACUACGCUGCCUGGGAGGUGGCCGAGAUCUGUACCCUCUGCAAGAGCAACGGCUGGAUCCUGCCCACCGUGUACCAGGGCAUGUACAACGCCACCACCCGGCAGGUGGAGACAGAGCUCUUCCCCUGCCUCAGGCACUUCGGAUUGCGGUUCUACGCCUACAACCCUUUGGCUGGGGGCCUGCUGACCGGCAAGUACAAGUAUGAGGACAAGAACAAGAAACAGCCCGUAGGCCGCUUCUUUGGGAAUAGCUGGGCUGAGGCUUACAGGAACCGCUUCUGGAAGGAGCACCACUUCGAGGCCAUCGCCCUGGUGGAGAAGGCCUUGCAGGACUCGUAUGGCAGUGGCGCCCCCAGCAUGACCGCGGCUGCCCUGCGCUGGAUGUACCACCACUCCCAGCUCCAGGCCACCCAUGGGGACGCAGUCAUCCUGGGCAUGUCCAGCCCUGAGCAGCUGGAGCAGAACUUGGCAGCGACUGAGGAAGGGCCCCUGGAGCCAGCCGUGGUGCAGGCCUUUGAUCGAGCCUGGCACCUGGUUGCCCACGAAUGUCCCAACUACUUCCGUUAGGCCUCAAGGAGGGUCAGACUGCCACAGGUGGCUUUCUUUUCUGUCUCCUCUUUUUCUUUUACGCUGAUCAAUCUUUGCCUUCAGCUGAUUUAGUGUGGUCUUUCUGGAUGGUUUAGAUCCUUAAAUUAUUUUUCUAGAUUCCUGCUUUGCUCCCGGUUGCCUUCAAAGGGUGUUGGGCCGGGGCAUUUCCUGUGUGAAUAAAGCAGGUGCUUGACCUGGC